GGAGGGGAGAGCAGCUCUGCUACCAGGAUCCAGGAGCUAAGGGAGGAGCAGUGGGGCUGGGAAGUGAAUUUGAGUUCGGCGCUGGUUUGGGGCAUCUUCUCGGUGUCUUUGGUGGGGAGUGGCGGAUUUCUGGCUUCUGAGCGCAGACCUCCAGGGCCUGGAUCAAGCCCGGAUUGUGUGCCAGCAGAGCCUCAGAGGCCAGAGGGACCUAGGAGCAGGUGUGCGGCUCCCGGAGCAGCCGCCCACUCCGGAAAACAGCCCCGGCCACGCCCACUGGGCCCUUCCAGGCCCCAUGGAUCCCGGCCAGCUGGCCGAGACCCCCUUCCCGACGACGCCUGUGCGAACGGCACCGCACCGAAAAUGUGGGGAGGUCGGGGAGUGUCGAGCAGAUUGUGAUUUGCACCGCAACCCCUGCGAGCCCCGGAGAAUUAGCUUGGGAACUGGGCGAUGAAGAGCGAGGGGCGGGGUCGCAGGCCCCGGGUCCGCCCUCUCUUGGCACCCCCCACCCCGCGCGGUGCGCCACUCCCCGCCGAGUCCUUCCUCCCAGGGCGCUUGGUGAAGGUGGGAAGAGGGGCCACGUCACAGUCUCCAGGCCCGGGGACCCGCGGCUCCGCCCCUCCCACCCCCGCCGGAGCGCUGGGCACGGAUCUAAGACUCACCGGCCCCAGCCCAGGGCCAGCCCAGUCGCCGCCGCCCGCCCACAAAGCCACAGGCAGGUGCAGGCGCUGUUUAGGGGCGAGCGGGCUGAGCGGAGCCGUUAGCGCGCGCCGUCCGUCCGUGCGUCCAAGCCGUCCGCGCGUCCGUCGAGGCAUCCCUCCGUCUGCGCGCGGCAGCUCCCACCCAGGCCCGGCGGCCACGGCCGGUCGUCUUCCCGCACCCUGAGCCGCCCGGCAGAGCCGGCCUUGGCGCGGCAGCCAUGUCCAUGGGCCUGGAGAUUACGGGCACCUCGCUGGCCGUGAUGGGCUGGCUGAGCACCAUCGUGUGCUGCGCGCUGCCCAUGUGGCGCGUGACGGCCUUCAUCGGCAGCAGCAUCAUCACGGCGCAGAUCACCUGGGAGGGCCUGUGGAUGAACUGCGUGGUGCAGAGCACCGGCCAGAUGCAGUGCAAGGUAUACGACUCGCUGCUGGCGCUGCCGCAGGACCUGCAGGCGGCCCGCGCCCUCAUCGUCGUCGCCAUCCUGCUGGCCGCCUUCGGGCUCCUCGUGGCGCUGGUGGGCGCCCAGUGCACCAACUGCGUGCAGGACGACACGGCCAAGGCCAAGAUCACCAUCGUGGCGGGAGUGCUCUUCCUGCUGGCCGCCUUGCUCACGCUGGUGCCGGUGUCCUGGUCGGCCAACACCAUCAUCCGGGACUUCUACAACCCCCUGGUGCCGGAGGCGCAGAAGCGUGAGAUGGGCGCGGGCCUGUACGUGGGCUGGGCGGCCGCGGCGCUGCAGCUGCUGGGGGGCGCGCUGCUCUGCUGCUCCUGCCCGCCGCGCGAGAAGAAGUACGCGCCCACCAAGAUCGUCUACUCCGCGCCCCGCUCCGCCGGCCCGGGCACUAGCACAGCCUACGACCGCAAGGACUACGUCUGAGGGGCGGCCGCGGGGAGACCCCACCACCCCAGGGGCGCGAGCGCCCACCGGUGCCGCGUGCGGCCUCUCCUCGGAGACCAGCCCCCCCUCCCCCCAGGUGCCAGGAGCUCUCACACUGGACCGGGAGGGACCAACCCCGCGGCCCCUUCCUGGGCAGCACACCCCGCUCCCCGGCCCCACGGCGCGCGGGGGACCAGCCCACACGGACAGUGAAACCUCAGCCCCUCCGGAGAGCGGGGCCGGGUGGCCGCCGCUACUUGCCCGUCCCGUCGGGCCUCGGCCCCAAAGCCCGCGUUGGGCAGGGACCGGCAGUCUUGGAAAGGGCCAGUUGAUAUUUUUCAAUAAAAGCCUUUCGUUUUUGCAGUUA